AUGCUAAAAAGGAAGGAAGACGAAGCAGGGGAAGAGAACGGGGAUUAUUUUUUCUCUUUUUAUGAGAAAAAAAAAAAAAAAAAAAAAAAAGUAAAAAUAGAAAAAACAGAAAAAACUGAAAAAACUGAAAAAACAGAAAAAACUGAAAAAACAGAAAAAACAGAAAAAACUGAAAAAAAGAUAAAAAAAGAUAAAAAGGAAAAAAUAAUUCCAAAAUCGCACCACUCAGUCAGUACAGAUAAUUCAUGUGAGUCAGGAAAGAGUUACUACUCCUGUUGUUACGAAAAUUCGAAAAAAUUUUUAAAAAAUAUAACCAUAUGUAAAAAAUGUAUAUUUAACUAUUUCGAGUUUAAAAUUAUUACAAAUAUUAUUUACAUGAGACAUGGUGCCAGGACACCUAAAAAGAAAAUUCGAAAUAUUUGGCCGUUCAAGGAAGGAAAGGGGGAUUUGACUUUUCUAGGUUUUCAACAGUCAGUAAGGAUUGGUAAGUACUUGAGAAAAUAUUAUUAUAGUUUGAAAAAAUUAAACGAAAAGUAUAAUAACAAAUGUAGUAGUAAGACAUACCGUAGUAAAAAUAAUCAGUGUUCGGGAAAAUGGAAUGGAAAACACAAAAACGUGGAGUCAUCAAAGAUUUCAGCAGUAAAUUUAAGUAAAGGCAUGCAUAAUAAUGAUAGUGAUGAUGGUAAUGAUGAGGGGAAUUUUUCAAUAUCAAGUGGGAAUACCAUAAAAAAGGGCUUUUUUCUAAAUAAUGGAAAGAAGAAAAAAAAAAGGAAAAGGAAUUGUAAGGCGUUGAUAUAUAGAAAAACCCUUUGUGAUUUAAAUAAAAAUAUAUGCUGUAAAAAUGUUAGCAGAGGGAAUGCGCAGAGUGAAGAAGUUAAACUUAACUGUCCUUUUAAAAAAUGGGAAAAAAAAAAUAAAAAGAAAAAAAGAAAAGAUGGUCGUGAUGGUGAUGCUAAAGAAGGAAGGGCAGAGAGUGCGAAGCGCUCCGAUACACAUGUGCAUAAGGGAUGUGCAAAUUAUCGGGGUAUUAAAAAAAAUAUAAUAAUAAAUAACAUGAACGAUGUAAUGCUUGAAAGAUUAAAUUUCUUUUAUAAACAUAUCUUAAUAGAGAAUAAUAUUCUUGACGAUUCCGUAGAAGAAAAAAAAAAAAUAUUUUUAAAUAUUAUGAGUGAUUUAUAUAAUAGUAGAAAGAAUUUCCUGAAAAAGAAAGUAGAAAAAUAUAAUAUAGAAAAGGAAAAAAAAAAAUAUGAAAAAAUCAUUAAAAUGAUAAAUAGAUAUCUCUGUAUUAAAACUACUAAUAGUGAGAGAUGUAAAUUAACAGCAUAUGCAAUUAUUUGUGGAAUUCUAGGAAUUAGUGAGAAAAUGUUUUUCUUUUUAUUCUUGUUGUCUUUUGAUAACGAUUAUUAUAAUUCUGAACAAUGUUAUAUCCCGAAGGAUAGAAGAGUUUCUCGUAACGAUAGAAACGUAUUUCAGAAGGGGGAUAAGAAGGGUACACCGUCUUCUUCUCCUCUUGAUUGUACUCCUUUCCAGCGCAGUUACACAAUAACUAGUAACAGUAUAUCCUACAGGAAGAGAAACGAUCGAUGUGUCGGUGAGUAUGACGAUUACCUAUAUAAAAGUGGGAAAACGUUGUCCCCUUAUAAGAAUCAUCGUAUGAACAGUCUGAAUAAAUUUCCUAAUUCUCUAUGUGAUUUUAGCUGCGAUUAUGGAUGCGAUUAUGGAUGCAAUUAUGGAUGCAAUUAUGGAUGCGAUUAUGGAUGCGAUUAUGGAUGCAAUUAUGGAUGCAAUUAUGGAUGCAAUUAUGGAUGCAAUUAUGGAUGCAAUUAUGGAUGCAAUUAUGGAUACGAUUCUAGAUUCUAUCCUAUGUACAAUUAUUACAUAAAAAACAUAUUUCAAAAAGUUAUGUAUGCGGGUAAUUGUAUCCCAAGUAAUACUUCGCACACGUCGAACUCUAUUAAUUGCUUAGACUAUUGUAAAAGUAAUCAUGAUUCUAUUAUUAACAGUACGACUGAAAAAGUAAAAUUACGGCACAGUACUAAUGUGAACAGAAGGUAUUGCCAUCAUAACCAUCAGGAACAUAUAUUAAUUGAAAAAAAAAAUUGUAUUAACACGCAUGAUUUAUGGGUAGGAGAGUGUGGAAGUAAGCAGAAUCAUAAGCAGAAGCAGGUGCUUAACAUUAAUGAACAGGAAGUUAUUUGUCAUAGUGAAAAGUGGGCACGUCCUAAUAACACAGCUAAUCCUAAUUGUGUGUAUAAAAAUAAAUUUACAACAAAUAAUGAAUGUACAACUCCGUAUUUUAACCAUUCCAUUUUAGAAGAAAAUGAAAAUGUGCAUACGAACAAACCGAUAAAGAAUAACCACACGGAGUGGUAUGAACAAAUAUAUGAGUGGAACGACUCCCCUUUGGAAGAGAAUAAUCUGAAUAAUUAUUUGAAAUUACCAAGCUAUAGCGAUAACGUGAAUACGAAUGUAGCCUUUUUAAAGAAGGUGGAACAAAUAAGACGGAAAAAUUUGACAGGUGGAAAUUUUCAAAAAAUAAAGACCAAUUAUUGUACGUGUAACAGCUUAAUAUAUAACAUGAAUAUAUUUUUUCAGUACUUUAUGAACAGAAAAUACAGUGAGCAAUAUAUUUACAAUAAAAUAAUUAAAACAAAAAAGAGAAAUGAAAAGAAGUUAGACAAGUCGUACAUUUACAAUGUAUUUCAGACCUAUCUCCAGUAUUUAUUGAUCCAUUUUAGUAGCUUCAUACUUGAUAGUACUAGCGGAAAUAACUACGCAGAUGCGUUUUGCUCAGAAAGGGGAAUGAACUAUUUAGAGCCCGAUAUACGUGGGAGUAAAGUAUUUCCAAAAAAUUAUUUCAACAGUUUUUACGAAACUGUGUGCAAGGGGAAGAAUAAGAUGAGGAUCCAGGACCAAUGUUCGGAAAAUAUAAAGAGGAAUGAUAUCCAUCUUUGUUACAAUAACUUUGAUGAUGUUUCAUAUGUGACCACUUCAAAUGACUCCUGUGAAGGAAGCGGUAAUUGUGAGUGCGGUAAGGAAUGCAUCCAAAACUGUUGGUGUAAGUCCAAGUCUUACCGAAGCUGCAGGAGACCAACCAGUGCUAAUAAGUGCGAAAGAUGGCAAAACGCACGGAUAAAUGGUGUGAAGGACGACAAGUUAACUAAUUUCGAUGAGCUAUCGAGCAGUGAGUACAAUAAGAUGAUAGCGAAGUAUAUUUACCUAGUUAAUAUUUUUAAUUUUAUAAUUUCGUAUAUAGAUGUCCUUUUUGAAUUUUUCAAAAAUGUGUACAUUUUGUGCUCCGUUGUAAAUGUAGCUGGGAGAAACACACUUAUGCAUAAAACACUUAAAGCGAAAAAUCAUUAUAUUAAAAAAUUAAAAAAUUAUAUUUUCAAUAAUUCAUAUAUAUAUAAAUUACUAAAUAAUUAUUAUAAAGAAGAGAUUUCAAUAGUUCAUUAUAUUACGAAAUGGAACAGGAGUUAUAUGGACAGAUCAGAGAUUUUAUUAAACGAUACAUGGUCAAAUGAUGUAUCAGCAGACGAUAUGAAUGAUAAUAAUAAUAAUAAUAAUAGAAUUUUAUCUAUGUUGAAAAAACAUAAUUCUUCUGUGUACAAAUUAAAAAAAAAAUUAAACAAGUCUAUAAUAUUAAAAGAUCUAAAAAAAUUAAAUUAUUGUUCUUUUGAUACGAACUAUUUAAAUAAGGUAAAUUAUGAACAUGGAAUAUUUUUUUAUGAUGAAAAGGCGAAAAAUUUGGAAUUUCGCCUUUUAAACAACAAAGGGGAGACCAUUAAAGGUAUUAGAAGUAUUAAUAAUAUGAAAAGCAUUAACAGUGUAAGGAAUAUUAAUAAUGUGAAAAGCGUUAAUAGUAUUAAAGGUAAUAAACGCAUUAAAAGCAUGAGUAAUAUUAAAAUCAUUAAGCAGUUUAUCAGUUCGUAUGACGCUUAUAUUUAUCACGAUAUUAAUCUUUUUUUGGACAUCAACAAGGCAUAUAAAAAUUUAUCUUCAAAAAGUAGUUUAACAGAGGAGGAAAAUGCAACUACAUCCGAAGUGGCAUAUAAUUGUUUGAGCAGUAUGUUUUUUUUAAAUUCUAUCCCUACUGUUAAUGUAGAGAUGGGGAAUAAAGACAAAUUAUUUUUAACUGCGCAUUAUAAUUGUUCAAAUGAAGAAACAAAGAGUACGAAUGACAAAUGCGAGUGCAAUCAUUAUGAAGGACAAGAUAAUGAAAAAAACAUUUUACAAGAAAGUAAUGUUUAUUUAUCAAGUGGAAAAUCUAAUGGUGAUUUAGGAUAUACAGAAUUAAAAAAGGAUCAAAGUGCUAAAAGGAAUAGUAAAAUUAUGCAGUUCGUUGAAGACGAUGAUAAACAAGAAUAUAUCUGCAACACAGUCAUACAACAUAAUAGUGCUACUAUGGAUGAGAAAAAAGAAUUCAAUACAAAAUUAGGGGGGAGGGCUGCUAACCAUUGUGUAGGGAUAUUACACAGGGAGAGAACAGAUGAGAUGGAAAAUUUUGAAGAUGGAGAUAAAAACAAGUUAAACGAUUUAAUGAAGAGUAAGCGAUAUAGGAAAUGUGAACGUAUUAAAUGGAGUGAAUGCUUGGAGUUAUGCGAACAGAUUAGAGGAGCACGUGGUCUUAGUCCUGCUCCUCCUGUACAGGAAGAAGAGAAGAGGAGGAGACGUCCUAUUUGCAAAUGUGACAAGGAAGAAAUUAUGAACAGUUCAGCAAAUGAUAUAGACUAUAAUAGCGAUGAGAAUACCAAAAGAAAUCUUCAUUAUUAUAAGGAAAGCAAGUGCACAGAUAUAACUAAAAAAGAAGAGAAAAAUAAGGUGAAAAUGUUUUAUAAAAAAAUAUACGAUUGUUAUAAAUUAAUGUGUAAGCUUGAGUACAGUAAUAAAUAUUUGUCAUGGUUGUGCAGUGGUAUGUCCUUAAUUGAUGUGGCUAUUAAUUUUAUGAUAAAUGUGAGAUUGUUUGAAAAAUUUCAAAUUGAACAUGGAUGCUGGAAAAAUGGUAAAACGAGAAUAAUAAAGAACAAGAACGACAAUCGUAACAGAAGCAGCAGUAGAAGCAGCAGUAGCAGUAGUAGUAGUAGAAGAAGUAACAAGACGUUUAUUCCUAAAAUUAUGCUCUAUCUGACUCACCAGUCGUCCAUGUUAUCCUUUCAGUCGUGUGUGGGUAUAAAAAAAGACUACAUGAAAAUUCCCCCCUUCGCGGGAUUUAUAUCCCUCGAGUUGAUUCACAUUAAAAAAAAAAAAAAAAAAAAAAAAGAAGAAAUGAAAGAAGAAAUGAAAGAAGAAAAGAAAGAAAGAAAAGAAAGAAAGAAAAAAAAAAAAAAAAAAAACCCAUCACAACAACAAAUUGAUAACUACGACACAAGUGAUAAUAGCUGUCUUGAUGAUCAGUCGUGUUGUAGUAAAUAUGAAAGGAGGAGUAUCCUAAAAUCUGAAAGAAAUACGUAUUUUUCCUCCUCCGAGUUUAAGAAUGCUUACAGAAAUGGCAUUCAUAAUUUUGUGUAUAAGUAUGAUAUGGCAAAUAUAUUUUGUUGUAAGGAAGAUUGUAUGUGGAAGGUCAAGCAGAAGGAUGCUCAGAAAAAGUCAAAGGAAAAAUGUGCGGAAAAUUCGUCAAAUCGUGAAGAAGGCAAGAAAAAUAGUAAAGAGCAAGAAGAGAAAGAAAAAAAUAUAUCAGAAAAAAGAAACAAAGGAAUGUACAAUGAAAAGUAUGAAAAUUUUCUGCCAAAAUGUGCAAAUAAAGUACAGGAUUUUAAAAAUUUAUUUUUUUUAUUAUGUUAUAAAGAUAAUAAUAUAGAUGACCUCAUUGAGCUGUACAACAUUUGUUUAAGUGAAAAACAUACACACAUAAAAAGUACUCAACUAAAUAAUGAAGAAUUAAAAAAAAGGAAAAGGAAGAGACAUUUUUACGGUUAUUUUAUUAAAUUUACUUUUAAUAAUUAUUUUCCCUUAAAUUUGAAAAAAAAAAAAAAAAAAGCUCAAAAAAAAUAUUUUAAUAUAUGUACAGCGAAAACAGUUUUUGAUGUAUAUAAAAGUAAAAAAUUGGUAGAGAAUAAUAUAUGUUAUUCGUCUUUAAUAAAUAGGAGUUCAAAAAAAGGCAAUUACUCAAAUAAUGCGUUCACUUCGAAAAAUUAUAACUGCAUAAAUUCGAAUGGGCGCAUUAAUGGUACCUACUUGAGGAGAACUAAUAUCAUGAAAAAGCUAAACAUGAAUUACUUGAAUUUUAAUUGCAAAUAUGAUAAGUACAUGCAUUAUGUGUAUAACAGUAGUAAUGUAAAAUACGGAAAAAUGUAUCAUAAACUUAACAGAAAGAGCAAUAAGAAAUUUAGAACAAAACAAAGUACUGAUCUUAAUAAUAGAUUGUUAGAUAAGUGCAAACAGACACAACAUGACUGUUGUUUGUCGUCCAGUGAAGAAAGGAUGCAAAGGGGGGGAGGGGUUUGGUUCCGCAGUAAAAAGUUGAAAUCUGCAAAGGAUAUGGAAAAGGAAAAAGACCACGUGGAGGGUCAUCAGGAAAAACAGUUACUACAGCUAAACUGGAAGCAGCGAGAGGGGGGGGAAGAUACGGACAAACAUGAUUAUUUGAAUGAUGCUAAUAUUGAAAGCUUCAAGAAAGAAAGGAAAAAGAAUUAUACAAAUAACAUGAAAAUGGGUUAUAUCUUUGGGUCCUCCAAAAAAAACAUUUCAUCAAAAAUAUUUAAAAAUUUUAGAACAUACAAUAGUGGUAAUAAAAAAAAAAAAAAAAAAAAAAAUUCGUACAAAGGAUGGUGUGAAAGUGAAAUAAGAAAUUAUCAUAAUGAAAACAUGAUUUGUUUAGAUUGCCUCAUCAGCUAUUUAAAAAAAAUGCUCAGGAUUUACGAAGACCCUGAAGUGUUAUAG